CAACUCAGUACAAUUCGAAAUACGAAACAGUGAAGACGAGAGACAUCGGUGCGAACCGAAGUGAAGUUUACGAAGUUUUACUUUGAAAGAAGUGUUUAUUACAGUACUUACGUGUGUUUAUAAGAACAUUUAAAACAAAAUGCCAGCUAUCGGAAUAGAUCUCGGUACCACAUACUCCUGUGUCGGCGUGUGGCAGCACGGGAACGUGGAAAUCAUCGCAAACGACCAAGGCAACCGUACCACACCAUCGUACGUCGCUUUCACGGACACCGAGCGGCUGAUCGGAGACGCGGCGAAGAACCAGGUGGCCCUCAACCCCAGCAACACAGUCUUCGACGCCAAACGACUGAUCGGCCGCAAGUAUGACGACCCUAAAAUCCAGCAGGACAUGAAACACUGGCCCUUCAAAGUCGUCAACGACUGCGGCAAACCGAAAAUCCAGGUCGAAUUCAAAGGCGAGACGAAGAGAUUCGCGCCCGAGGAAAUCAGCAGCAUGGUGCUGACGAAGAUGAAAGAAACCGCCGAAGCCUAUCUGGGUACCUCCGUCAAGGACGCAGUCGUCACAGUGCCGGCGUACUUCAACGACUCGCAGAGACAGGCCACGAAGGACGCCGGCGCCAUCGCAGGGUUGAACGUCCUCAGAAUCAUCAACGAGCCCACGGCGGCGGCUCUGGCCUACGGCUUGGACAAGAACUUGAAGGGCGAACGCAACGUUCUGAUAUUCGAUCUCGGCGGAGGGACCUUCGACGUGUCGGUGCUGACCAUCGACGAGGGCUCGCUGUUCGAGGUGCGCUCGACGGCGGGAGACACGCACUUGGGCGGCGAGGACUUCGACAACCGCCUGGUGAACCACCUCGCGGACGAGUUCCAGCGCAAGUGCAGGAAGGAUCUGCGCUGCAACCCGCGCGCGCUGCGGCGCCUGCGCACCGCCGCCGAGCGCGCCAAGCGCACGCUGUCGUCCAGCACGGAGGCCACCGUCGAGAUAGACGCUCUGUACGAGGGGAUCGACUUCUACACGCGGGUGUCCCGAGCGCGGUUCGAGGAACUGAACUCGGACCUGUUCAGAGGAACUCUGGAACCGGUCGAGAAGGCUCUCAAAGACGCAAAGCUAGACAAGAGCCAGAUCCACGACGUCGUGCUGGUGGGAGGGUCGACGCGCAUACCCAAAGUGCAGAAUUUGCUGCAGAACUUCUUCUGCGGCAAGAAACUCAACCUGUCGAUCAACCCCGACGAGGCCGUGGCGUACGGCGCCGCGGUGCAGGCGGCCAUACUGGGCGGCGAGACGCACUCCAAGAUCCAAGACGUGUUGCUGGUGGACGUCGCCCCCCUGUCGCUCGGCAUAGAGACGGCGGGCGGCGUCAUGACCAAGAUCAUAGAACGCAACUCCAAAAUCCCUUGCAAGCAGUCGCAGACCUUCACGACGUACUCGGACAACCAACCGGCGGUCACCAUCCAAGUGUACGAAGGCGAGAGAGCGAUGACCAAAGACAACAAUCGGCUGGGGACCUUCGACUUGACCGGCAUCCCGCCGGCGCCGCGCGGAGUGCCGAAGAUCGACGUCACGUUCGACUUGGACGCCAACGGCAUCCUCAACGUGUCGGCCAAAGAGAACAGCACGGGCCGCAGCAAGAACAUCGUCAUAAAGAACGACAAAGGAAGACUGUCGCAGGCCGAAAUAGACCGCAUGUUGUCCGAGGCGGAGCAGUACAAGGAAGAGGACGAGAAGCAGCGGCAGAGGGUCGUGGCCCGGAACCAGUUGGAGACGUACAUCUUCGGCGUCAAGCAAGCGCUGGACGACGCCGGCGAGAAGUUGUCUGACGCGGACAAGAGCAGCGCUCGGAGCGAGUGCGACGCGACGCUGCAGUGGCUGGACAACAACACGCUGGCGGACAAGGAGGAGUACGAGCACAAGCUGACGGAGCUGCAGAGGAGGUGCUCGCCCGUCAUGAGCAAGCUGCAUGGCGCGGGCGCGCAGAGCGCGGGCGCGCCGGCGCCGGGGGGCGGCCCUACGGUGGAAGAAGUCGACUGAAGCUAUUUCCGUCGUUCCUAGUCUGUAUUCAUUGAUUGUGAUAUUAUUUUGUAAAGACUGAUUAAUUUAUUAUUUAAAUGUAAAUGUAAGGUAAUGAACACCUGUUGGAUUUAAUGUAAAUAAAAAAAAAAGUUUAAUUCACAA